UGCACAAUGGCGCCAAUGCUGCCGGCGGCGUUAUGGUGGGCGGUCUGCUUCCGGGUGACUGCGGCGUUGACGAAGACGACGACGAUGCACGCGCCAGGGAGCGCUUUCUGUGGGACCUGGGAGCCUGGCUGGAGUUUUCGAAUGAGCAGGCCGCGCUGCGCCGGCACGCCGCCGCCGAGGCGGCGGAGGCCGCCGCCGUGGCUGCAGCCAUGCGCGAGGCGACCAGCGGUAGCCGCGGCAUCCCCACCUACACGCCCCUACUUCGGCCCAGCGCCGACGGCAUUGUCGACUACUUCGCAUCGCCGCUGGCGCCGGGCUUGCCGCCGUCCACAGCUGAGGGCGGCGGCAACGCCUCUGCCUCCGCCGCUGCCUCCGUCGCCGCGCCCAGCGUUGAGGCUGCGGCGGCGGCUUGCAACAUGACUCCGGGCAUGCAGGGUUCGCUGCGGCGCACGGCACUGGAGCUGCUGGGGUUCGCGUGCAGCCGGGGCUGGGCGGCGGUGUCGACCCACAUCGUGCUGGGGCUGAUGGACAUGGGGCUGAGCAUGACCGCCAUCAAUGCGGCGGUGCAGGCCGCGCACGGCUGGUCCGCCCUCCACCUGGCGGCCGCCAGCGGCAGUCCCGAGCUGAUGGGCAUGAUGCUGUGGAGGAGCUACGGGGCAGGGGCGGCGGCGGGGGCCGCGGGGGCAGGAGCGGCGGGAGCGGGGGCAGCGGCAGGAGAGAUGGUGGGCGCUGAUGAGGGCGAGCGCCGAGGCACGGCUGCUGCUGCGGCUGCGGGUGGCGGCAGCGCCCGGCGGCGAGGGGGCGGUGUGGCGGAGGAGUGGCGCGCGAUGGUGGCGGCGCAUGACGAGCUGACAAGGGUGGCGUGCUGGUCACGGGUUACAUUGCUGCAUUGACGGACCCUAAACGGUGUGGUGGGUGCAGAACCCAGUUUCUUGGGGGCAGUGGGCAGCUGUUGCGGGUGACAGCAGCAGUUUGGGGGAGCAUGCGCAACGCCUGGUAAGUCGCAGGUUGGGUCAGUAAUGUCGGAUGGCGGUGAUGUGUUCUAGUCGGGUGCAGCGACGGGGCCAUGUUGCACAGGGGUAAGCACGCCGUGGGGGUAGGCUGGCGGCACAUGUGUGCACGUGGGCAUUCAGUGCUCAGGCGGUGGCGGUAGCAGUUAAGUGUGGCUGGGGCAUGAUGUGUGUCCCGGAGGUUCUUGGAUGUCAAUAACUAGCGCGUGCAGACUUGGGAUUGCAUGCCUGUCUGCGCGUUGGAUUGUUUGUGUGUGCAUGCGUUCGUGGAAAUUGCAGUAAUAAUGUCUUCAAUAGAUAGCUUGUAGCUGUGCUUUGCAUUCCCAUGACGGCCACGACGGUCCUGCUGCGGGUGUGUCGCUGUGUAAAUGUGCCGCUCGUGUGUGCAGGAGGGAUGCAGGAGAUGUGCAGCUGUGGUAGCCAGGGAGGUUCAGAGAAUGUAAGCUAGUGUGAAGGUUGCGUGGCAACUGCCCGUGGGGACUGCGGGCAGCGUGCCUGAAUGUUACAUGCCUAAUGGCCAUCCGCGGCUCUCGCCAACGCGGCGUCCCUACACGUCGAAGCAAUGUGUUGGGCUUGCGCCUAGGACAGACACCCCCGCAGGACGGUGUAAGAGGGCUGCUAA